AUGGCCAACAAGACGAGCGAUAUUGGUGACAAGUAUGUCACUACGGUUGACCUAUAUGCCGAGGUAAUUAAUAAAGUCGUGGAACUUAUGCGCGUUGAUUUCGAUGAAGCUGGAGUAGAUUUAGAUGUCCUCCAUUAUGUGAAGACGGAAUGGGAAAAUAAGUUGGCAGAGUCAAAAUGUUUGGAUGGAAUACCAAGAGCAGCUGUAAACAAAACGUCAACCAUUGAUGACAUUAACUUAAUGAAUGAGAUCAUCGCUGACAAUGUUAACACUGACCAUACCAAUUGCAUCGACAACAUCAGCCAAAAAAACUCCAACUUUUUGCAACAUCAUGUUGAAAACAACAACAAUAAAGAUGAUCCGAACAUUUUACCCCGCUUGAUCAAUCCAAAUGCGCUGCAUUCUGGCAACACGAACCAGAAUCUUCAAAACAAGAAUGCACGGUUGGGCAACUCGAACAAUAUUCGUCGGAUCAAUUCAAAUGCGGUACCACGCUUGAUCACAAACACUGGCUUGAACGUCUCUAACAUUUUACCUCCAAACAACAACGUCAACCUAAACAACAUUAAAAUUAACAGUUCACAAGUUUUGCAGCAACUGUACAGCAACAACACCUUAAACGCGUUGACAGGAUCUCACAUGAUAACAACAAUGCCGAGAAACAUUAACAACAUUGUUCCAAUGAACUCUGGCAUAACCAACGUAAACAAUCCGAACAUCUUACCACGCUUAGUAAAUUCAAAUGCGGUGCGUUCAAAUGCACCCUUGUUUCCACGCUCGGAAACCACAAAUCAAAACAUUCCAAUCAAGUUUCCACCCUUGGACAACACGAACCAAAACAUUCAAAAUUUGAUUCCACGCUUGAAAAACACGAACGAGGACAUUCGAAACUUGAAUCAAAACAUUCCAAUAAAGUUUACACGCCGCUUGGACAACACGAAUCAAAACAUUCCAAUCAAGUUUCCACGUUUAGACAACAUGAACAAUGUUUGCCGAAUCAAUUCAAAUGCAGUACCUUUCUUGAUCAACGAAGUUAACUCGAACUUGAACAACAGAAACAUGACGCCGCGCCUGAUCACUAAUUCUGGAUUGAACGUCUCAAACAUUUUCUCGCCUAUGAACGACGUCAACCUGAACAGCAUCCCUAUUAACUCUUUGCAAAUCCCGAACAAUAUUAAGUACUUCCCCAGCUUAAACAACAACAUUAACAGUCCAAACCCUUGGCAACCCUUGAACAACAACACCGGUAACAACAAAAUAAUGAACAGCAACAUCUCCUUGAACAACGACAUCAACACCGACCUGACCAGCCCAACUGUUUUGCAGCGUUUGAACCUGGGGACACUUGUGCCAAGAAAGAACUUUUUAGUAUCUCGUAAAAAUGAAGAUGAGAGCUCUGAAGUGCUAUUCAGAAUUGGAGGACAGACGGACGGAUCGUGGGACGAUUCCGAUGAUGAAGAGAAUGAGAAAAAGGUGUUGGAAGAAAUUGAUGACCUCUCUGACGAUUCUUUGGCUGCAGGAAAGGAAGAUUCUGACCCGUUGAACUCAGACGAUGACGAUGUUGAAUAUGACGUUGACGAAAAUUCUAUUGAGAACUUCGUGGCUUGUCAAUACAUCAAAGUAGUGAAGAACAAGUCCAUUUGGAGGGCGUACUUUAUGUUCGGCAUCAUUCACGUGGACGGAAAGGAGGAAGCCUUCCACCAGGCACUGGGUGAAGUUAAAUUUUAG